UUGGAAUACAUCUUCUCCACCAUUGCCCUGCCCUCAACAGUCACUUUAGACUUUACAACUUUGGAACAACAGAAGAGAAAACCAGGUGGCCUAAAGAGAACACAGAGAAAGAAAGUCUGGUGCCAACCAAGGAAGAAGAAAAUAAUGUCGGACAACAUUCCAUCUGGAGUCAUGACAGAAAUUCUGGGCCGACUCAGCUGGUGCGAGCUUUGCAGGCUGCGGUGCGUGUGCAAAGAAUGGCGGUCCAUCCUAGAUGAACCCAGUUUCAUCCAACGCCAACUCAAGCGCUCUACUUCUCUGUUCCUCCGUGUACAAAAAGACUAUAGAUGCUACGUUUCCUAUGGCUUCCAACCUGGAACUUUCUGUCCCGACAGACUAGAAGAAGGUUGGCAUGGACGCUAUGUCUAUAGUGUCAUGGGUUCAUGCCACGGCUUGGUCUGCCUAGCUGAUUUCGAGAACCAACUCCGGCUGGUUAAUCCAGUGUUUCCGGAGGAGAAACAAUCUGUGACGCUGGAACAUCUCAUGACGAGAGAUCCAUUGCUCUCAACCCAUGAUGUGUACUUCGAUGCUAAUUACUUUGAUAUUGAUGAGGACUACUUGCUUUCUUCAGUAGAGUGGGCUGGUUAUGGUUUCGGAUACGAUGAGGUAGCUCGCGACUACAAAGCCGUUAUACUGCUCACAGCAGGGUCUGAGGAAUAUCAUGACUUGAAGUCCUACAUUUUAACUUAUAGCUUCAGGACCAGAUCCUUUAGCGUCUGUCACGCUAAUCGUAACUGGAAUCGUUCUGCCACAAAAAAUCAGGAAAUGGGUGUGCUUCUCGGUGGGUCUCUGCAUUGGAUUUUGGAGCCACAUGUGAUCCACUCGUAUGAUCUUGGUUCUGAUGUGUUUGGUAAAAUCCAACAGCCAAAGUACACAGCACAUGAAGUAUCCUCCUCCUCCAUUGUGAAGGUCGGCGUAGGGGUUGUGGAUUCGUGCUUUCGAUAA